AUGCGAUCGCUGUUGCAGGCCAUCGCAUUGCUUGCAGUUUUCGCCUCUCUCAUUGCGGGGUUUUCCUUUUUCCACUACAGUUCUCGCACAUCGCUAUCACGAGGAUGGAUUGCAAACACUCAUUCAACGCCCUCGGCCGUCGCGGCUGCGCCUGCCCCAAAAAACCCGGUGGAGCCACCAAAAGACCCGUUGAGAAAAGGAGAUGCUGCACUUCUCGCACAGAGUCCACGAUACAUUCACGCAAUCAUGGAAUCAACAGAUACAACAUUUCCCCGUCUUGAAUGUCCAACGCCUAACUUGGAUCGAUAUGCGUACCUCCACGGCGGCGCCUCAAGGUCGUCCGUAAGCGGGACAUCCCCCAAAUACUUUUUCGCACUAGAUUUGCACAAAUGUGUUGACCUUCUACCACGCUUGAUCGGUUCAAUCGUUGAGACGAUAAAAUAUCUGGGUCCCGAAAACUGCGUGCUUUCCAUCGUCGAGGGACGGUCGGAUGACGGAACAUACGAAGUACUAAAAGAGCUGCGCUUUAGCAUGCAACUUCUGGGAGUGAAAUACAUCCUUCAGAGCAGUGACAUCAAUCCGAUGACCCCAGGAACAGACCGUAUCGAAGGCUUAGCUAAGCUGCGAAAUUUGGCGUUAGACGACCUCAUGAAGUCUCCAGAGAAGUACCACGAGAAUACUACCAUAAUAUUCUCCAACGAUGUCGCAUUAUGCAUGGAGGACAUGCUCGAGCUCAUUCAUCAGCGCGUAUUCCAGGGCGCUGAUCAGACAUGCGCCAUGGACUGGACCUAUGUCGGUGAGCACCCAACCUUCUACGACGUCUGGAUAGCGCGCGGUAUGACGGGGGAUACUUUCUUUAAUAUCCCGCCGGACGGAAGCUGGGACUCUGCAUGGAACCUUUUCUGGAACGAUGAAAAGGCGCACUCGCGGUUGUCGCAAUCAAAACCCUUCCAAGUCUUCGCCUGUUGGAAUGGUGUGACAGCGUUCACGGCCAAGCCAAUCAUGGAGAAGAAGAUUGCUUUCCGCGCACACAAAGAAGGCGAGUGUUUUCAGGGAGAGCCGAAGUUGUUCGCGAAGGAUAUGUGGUUCCAUGGCGAUGGAAAGAUCGCCGUGGUGCCGAGCGUCAAUGUCGAAUACAGCGAUGCUGCUGCAAAGAAGAUCAAGGCGUUGAAAGGAUAUGCCUCGAAACAUGUUGCGAACGAAGGCGAUGAUGGAAAGAUCGAGUGGGAGGCUAAGCCACCGGCAAAGGUGAAAUGCAUGCCGACCCACCAAGACCAGACUUUUGUAGAUUGGGAUGAAGGACUUCGGACCUGA